GCACACGAUGGAUAACACGAUUGCACGUAGCUUGAAUACAAUUCCUCGCAAUUCACAGUGUAUAACGCUUUUGAUCCAUCUUAUUUAAAACUGGCAUUGAGGAAAUAGAUUUACUUUGCAUUGUAGAUUGUGAAAAAGUUUUUGCGUGCAUUCAAAUUUCAGUGUGUUUAUUUGUGGAAAUAGUCGGAAAUUUAACUAGUCAAGUUUCUAUAUUUCGUUAUAUUUUCCUGUACAUGCUAAUUUGAAGUAGUCUUAAAAAAGCGUAAUUGUCUGACAAAUAGUUUAUAUUCUACGUAGAAUUGUAAAAAUCAUUUUCUCGUUCAUCUAGCUGGGAAUCUACUACAAAGGAAAUUCAUCGCAAAAUUAUCACAAGGUUUCUUUUGUCUCCAAGGAAAAAUAAGAUACGCGUCUACAUUUGAAAUCAUUUUGGAUUAUUUUAUAAAAAUGAGUGUUUCUGGGACAGAUUUUAGAGGCAACUUAAGAGGUGCUUGCGUAGCACAUGAAGAUUGUUUACCCAAAUAUGAAUGGCUUCCUGACGUUAGCUACAAUUGCCUUUAUUGUGGAUGUUUGCCAGUCCAUCAUAAAAAAUUAGAUACAAAGGCAUUGCCAAUAAUCAGUGAUCAAAGCCUAAAUGAAACAGAAAGUGCUGGUUCUUCAAAGGAGAAUAUUUCUAAAAGAUCUAGUGAGAGUAAUGAAUCGUAUGAGAACAACUUUUUUCCACAGGUAGUGCAAGAAUCAAAUAUCCUUCCUUCGGCAUCGCAUACAUUAAAAACACAAGUAAAUUUUAUUUCCCGUCAGCGUCACAAUUGUAUUCAAUGUGAACAGCAGGUCACUCUGGAGUUUUUCAUUCCCGAUGUAUUUCGUCCAAAUUUAAUGAAAUCAAUAAAUUCGGGUCUCAUCAAUUAUAAAGAACAAUCUGAAAUUAUCAGGACUGUCGCAUCCAAUAUGAUUUAGCAUGAAAAAACUAAUAAGGAUCAAGUUAUAGAAGUUGCAGUUGCUUUAGUUAACAAAAUCCCUUCCUUAAAAGGUGUAUUCGGGUCGGAAUAUGUGGGAUUAGAGAAAGCACUAAAAGACUGUAUAAAAAGGCAAAAAUCGAAGAAAAAGAAAGAUUCACAAAAUCAGUCUUCCGACUCCGAUUGGAAAACUGAGCAAUUGGACUUAAUGGAAAGAGAAGUCAAAAAAGGAAA